AUGGCAGGCCUUACCGAGGCUCCCCCUUUCAUCGCCUGCGGUCCAGACUACGCCCAUGCAGGACACAUCGCCAUGCCCUUUCCGCCGGCGGACCGGGACGGCGCCGCUGCCUUGCCACCGAAAUGGCCCAACAUGUGCCACGGCGCAGCCGCCGGUCUAGAACAACACCCAGAUGCCUUCCUGCCUACCCUCCCCUGGCAGGCCACCGAAUGGGACAUGACAGAGGGCUUCCUCAAGUAUCCCGACCCAUGCUUCCACAGCCCUCCGACGGAGAGCGUCGUCUCUAACACCGACAGCUCUGUCGGCGCCGGCACCCCCAUCUGGGACUAUCACAACGACCAGCUCUCGCCCGGACGGGAGCUGAGCCCUUCCACAACCGCCACCUCUCCCUCAGAAAACACAUCCUUCGACCAGUUCAUCUCAAUAGCCCCUUCAUCAUUACACACAUUCAAAGAGGAGCCUUCACCUUCAUCACCUCCCCCCAAGAAGCAGACGAAGCCUCGGAAAGCAUCUACCACCAAGACAUCAUCGCCAAAGACAUCAUCAUCAUCUUCAUCAUCAUCAAAGACAUCAUCAUCAUCAUCAAAGACUUCAUCACCAAAGACAUCACCAAAAGCAUCACCCGUCGAGGAGGGAGGCAUCUCCAAAAGGCCUCGCCGGACCAAGACGGCGCAAGAGCAGGAAGCCAGCCGGGCGCGCAUCCGGGAGAAGAACCGGGUCGCGGCGGACAAGUGCCGCGGCCGGCAGCGCAUCGCCGUCGAGAAGCUCAGCUCCAAGCACGACGCGCUGGAGGAGGAGAACCGGCAGCUGUCGCAGAUCUUGAAGGACCUGAUCGCGGAGCGCAUCGUGCUCAAGAACAUGCUGCUGGAGCAUGGCAACUGCGGGUCGGAGCUGAUUGAGAAUUAUCUGAGGGAGAGCGCGGUGCGGUGGGUGAAGCAG